UCUCUGUUGGUUUUUUUAGUUUAAACUCCCAUGAAGAAAUGAAACUUAGCUGGUGUUUCCGGUUGCGGCGGCCAUCACGCUCCUGUCUUUGCAGCGGCUUGAUCUUUGACAAGUAAGUAUUGAGAAAUGACUGCACGACGUGCUGCUGUAAAGGCCAUUGACUGGCUGGCCUUUGCUGAGAGGGUACCUCCUAACCAGAGGACGAUGUUUAACAACCUGAAGACCCGCAGUGAUGCCAUUGCUGCUAAACUUGCCUCUUUGCCAGAGAAGCCAGUUUCUAUUGACUGGAACCAUUACAGGAAAGUAGUAGCUAAACCAGGCAUGGUGGAUGACUUUGAGAAGAAGUUUGCUGCUUUGGUAGUUCCUGAGCCAGUGGACACUCAGACAGCAAAGAUCAACACACAGGAGCAGGAGGCUAACAAAAGUGCUGCAGCAUACAUUGAGGCAUCCAAGACUCGCAUUUCUCAGUAUGAAAAAGAGCUUGAUAAGUUCAAGAACAUGAUUCCCUUUGACCAGAUGACCAUUGAAGACCUCAACGAAGCUUUCCCUGAGACCAAGCUGGACAAAGAGAAAUAUCCAUAUUGGCCCCACAAGCCUAUUUCUGAACUGUAAUUUAUUAACGAUCAAUUGUUUAAGUUAAUAAAACAUUGAAUACCGAAUUAAAUGAAUUGUGGUUCAAUCUGUAAAAAAGAAAAGGUUUGGUGAGUGGUUCAAUACUGUUCUGUAUCUGGCUAAACACAUUAAAUAAAUAGUUUAAGUUUUGA